GUAGUAAAUAAGAUAACUACCCCGUACAUCCGGUGGGUGGCAAUAGUCAUAUUUAUCUACAAUGUAAACAUGAAGCAGUAGAAGAAGAAGGAUUGGGUUGUAAAUCUACAGUGGGAAAACCCAAGAUGUCUAAGGUGGUGAAGGUUGUGGCAGUUCCUGUGGUGCUGGGAUUUGCUUCUUUGCGAGUCUACAGCAUGAGCGAGGAUAAACCGGAAGUGCGGCUUUCACCUCAGCAGGUAGUCGAUCUCUCGAUUUACUCAACCAUGCCACAGGAGAGGCUUCACUAUCUGGAAGAACAGCAAGGAGUUUUGCAGAGUAGUUUUGGUAAAGUCAGAGGAGGUCUACAGUCCUAUGUGCACAAAAUUAAAAGCGCUUAUGGGUCUGUUAAAGUUACAGCUGUAAAUCUCUACCAUGGUGGAGAAGAUGUGUACUACUUCAUUAAGGACCCUUCCUCUGGAUUUGGGCCUAGGAUUUCUGUUAUUGCAAUGUCUGGUUUUGCUGGUGUGAUUCUUGCAAGAAAAGGGUCCUACCUAAAGAGAUUGGGACUGCCAUUGAGUUUGGUGUCUGCCGGGUUUGCUGUGUGUUACCCUGUACAGACUAUUGCCAUGUUAAAGGUAAGUGGAAAGAAAAUGUAUUCAGCCUCAAAGUGGACAAGCUCAACUGUUGCAUCAUUGUGGAAACGGGACACAUUGCCUGAUAGUUCAAAGACAGCACCAUCAUCUGAAGCCAUGGAAAAUACUCUGGAUAUCCCAGUCAGUGAUUUGGCUCAAGCUAUAGGAACAAAUGAACUCUUCCAUGAGGUCCCUGCUCCAUCUAAGUCAAGUUUAAGCCACUUGCCUGAUAAUCAUUACCUGGUCCAGGCCCCAUUACCUGUUCCACACAGCAGUAGUCCUUUUGCUGAUGAGGAACUUUUGGUGGUAACUGCUGAGGGCAAACCCUCCUCAGCAUCAUCGCUUACUGCUGAGAGCCAACCAGAGAUUCCAUCUUUGCAGUUCUCAGGAGAGCCCCAAACUCCCACAGUUUUCCCAGAGAAGCAAGCACAUGUAGCAGAUCUCAACCUAAAGGACUUUGGACAGUCUAACCCAGAAGAUGCUGACCUUUACAGCACACGCAGCUGAACAAAGCAUGAGCAAAGAACAGAACAUUGAUUCAUCCAUUUAUUUACUCUACUUAUAUCUGCUUUGUGUAAUUUACCAAAGUUGAUUCUAGUGAUGAACAUAGUAAUCAGUGAUACUGAUUUUUUUGUGUUUCAUGUGCAGUUCACAUGCACCAGUAAACCAAAUAUUAACCAGAUAUAAGUAUUGAAAUAACAGUAAGUUAUUAAAUAAUAAAAUUUUUUGUUAUUGA